CAGACGGUUGUUGCCACUGAGGGGAGAAAUGGCGCAGAAAGGACUUCAGCUGGCCCGGGAAACCUUCUCUUGUUCCAUCUGUCUGGAUCUCCUGAAGGAUCCGGUGACUAUUCCCUGUGGGCACAGCUACUGCAUGAACUGCAUUAAAAGCUUCUGGGAUGAAGUGGAUGAGAAGCAAAUCCAAAGCUGCCCUCAGUGUAGGCAGACCUUCACACCGAGGCCUGUCCUGCAGAAAAACACCAUUUUAGCAGAUGUACUGGAGGAAGUGAAGAAGACUGGACUCCAACCUGCUCCUGCUGAUCUCUGCUAUGCUGGACCUGAAGAUGUGGCCUGUGAUGUCUGCACUGGCAGAAAACUGAGAGCCCUCAAGUCCUGUCUGGUCUGUCUGGCCUCUUACUGUGAGAAACAUCUCCAGCCUCACUUUGAGUCACCAACAUUUGGAAAACACAAGCUGGUGGAGCCCUCCGAGAAACCUCAGGAGAACAUCUGCUCUCGUCAUGAUGAGGUGAUGAAGAUGUUCUGCCGUACUGAUCAGAACUGUAUCUGUUGGCAUUGCUGCGAGAACGAACAUAAAGGCCACGACACAGUCUCAGCUGCAGCAGAAAGGACUGAGAGGCAGGGAGAGCUGGAGGUGAGUCGGCAAAAAAUCCAGCAGAGAAUCCAGGACAGAGAGAAAGAUGUGAAGGUGCUUCAGCAGGAGGCGGAGGCUAUCAAUCGCUCUGCUGAUGAAGCAGUGGAGGAAAGUGAGAAGAUCUUUUGUCUCAUCCAGAAAAGAUGCUCUGAUGUGAAGCAGCAGGUCAGAUCCCAGCAGGAAACUGAAGUGAGUCGAGUCAAAGAGCUUCAGGAGAAGCUGGAGCAGGAGAUCACUGAGCUGAAGAGGAAAGACGCUGAGCUGAAGCAGCUCUCACACACAGAGGAUCACACUCACUUUUUACACAACUACCCCUCUCUGUCAACACUCAACGUAUCUACAGAAUCAUACAUCCUCAAUAUCCGCCCUCUGAGGUACUUUGACGAUGUGACAGCCGCCGUGUCAGAAGUCAGACAUAAACUACAGGACGUUCUGCGUGAGAAGUGGGCGAACAUCGCACUGACAGUGACUGAAGUGGAUGUUUUACUGCCACAACCAGAUCCCAAGACUAGAGCAGGAUUCUUGAAAUAUGCACGAGAAAUCACGCUGGACCCAAACACAGCACACACAAAGGUGUUAUUAUCUGAGGGGAACAGAAAAAUCACGAGUGAACUGCAGUCUUAUCCUUCCCACCCAGACAGAUUCAAAGCAUGUAGACAGGUCCUGAGCAGAGAGAGCCUGACUGGACGUUGUUACUGGGAGGUGAAGUGGAGAGGGGAAGGAGUUAAUGUAGCAGUCGCAUACAAGAAUAUCAGCAGAGACUGUGAAUUUGGAAGUAAUGACGAAUCUUGGGCAUUAAAUUGUUACAAAGACAGUUAUACAUUUAAGUACAACUAUGUCUACACUCCCGUCUCAGGUCCUUGGUCUGGCAGUGUAGGAGUGUACCUGAAUCACAGUGCAGGUGUCCUGUCAUCCUACAAUGUCUCUGAAACCAUGACUCUCCUCCACAGAGUCCAGACCACAUUCACUAAGCCUCUCUAUGCUGGACUUAGUCUUCACUACUGGUAUGGAGAAACUGCUGAGUUCUGUGAACUCAAAUAAUCAACGGAAAGUGGGUUAAAUUCUGUGUCUGUUCAGCCAUGGAGGCUAUUUCUCUGCAUUGAAAAGUAACCUUCUCUGUGCUCUAAAUGUUUGUUGAAUAUUUGUAUUUAUGUAUUUGUAUGUUGUUGUUUCUCUUCCACUGAAUGUGUCUUAAGAGAGAAAACACCACACCUUAAUCACACUUAAUCUUUAAUUACAUUUGUUUGUGUUGCAGACCAAAUAAUGUUGUUGUUGUUGUUAGUGCUGUUGCUGGUAGUGACUAUACAUGUGCCACAACUGUAAAUCAAUUAGAAUGUCUAUAUAAUCAGUAAUAUCACUAUAUACAGUGGGUACGGAAAGUAUUCAGACCCCUUUAAAUUUUUCACUCUUUGUGUCAUUGCAGCCAUUUUCCAAAAAUCAAAAAAGUUCAUU